CGGGGAGCCCGAUCGGCGCAGUACUCCCAGCGCAAUAUCAGGGUCCACGUCCCUUGUCCGCGACCCCUCACCUUCUCCUCGACCUAUCUCAUGUCAGGACCUGUCGCCCGACGAACCAGGCUGUCUGCCACAGUGAACAGCAGCGCGUUCGAGCUGCUCAAGGAUGCCAUUGUCGUCUACCUCGUCGUGACCCGCGGUUUGAAGGCCUUCCGACAUCUCCGAGCGAGAGGAAUUUCCCAGACGGUCGUAGAUUCUUGGAAAUGGAUUUCCAGAGUAGCGGUGACUUGGUGGCCCACACCUUGCAAAGCUGCCGCACAGAAUCCCUUCUGUCUCAGACCGCUCUUCCUCUGAUAACUGUCAUACUAUCGGGCCUUCAUAAACUACUGUUCGCGUCGACAGCUCGAGACGACAGUGACGUAGAUUCAGCCGCAUGUCCUCAGAGGGGCGCCAUGUC